AUGAGUUCUUCCGAUGAAACGCAAUUCAUUGCAAACGCCGGAGCACUCAAAAACAACAAAGAAGGUGAGUGAGGACACAGAUGCUCAUUGAGCCAAAUGCAACAUUUGUUUACUCCAGAGCUCCGUCUCCACUUGUCGAGUGUCAGCGAUGAGUCCGUGCACCACCGUAACCUGGUCCGUCGAGCCAAACUGAUGAACAGCUCCCACUUCGUGUGCAUCGUCAUGACCGCCACGUUGCUCGUCACCGUCUGCGGCAUCGUGCUCCUCGUUCAAAUCAUCGAACGUUCACGUCAAUAA